AUGGCUCCUAGUAAAGGAUGGAUGGAUCUUGUUGGUGAUCAUCUUAAUGAUGUAUAUUUACAUGGGGUUGAGGAAUUUUUAGACUAUGCUUUUAAGAAGACUGGGAGGCGUGGGGAAAUACGUUGUCCAUGUGUCAAGUGUAGUAACACGUAUUCUGCCACACGAGAAGUGGUAGGGACACAUCUCAAGGUGUAUGGAAUAAUACGUAAUUAUACAUUUUGGUAUCACCAUGGAGAAAGGGUAGGUGAAUCUGAAUCUAAUUUAGAAAGUGUUGAACAAAGUGAAGAUGAGCCUAGCAAUGAGAUGCAUGACAUUUUAAGGGAUUUAUAUCCAGAGUUUUGUGGUCAAGAUACAAAUGAUAUGGAUACGGAUAUCUUCGCUUGUGAUAUUCAUAAAGAGGAACCGAAUGAGGAAGCGAAUAAAUUCUAUAGGUUACUAAGAGAUUUUGAGCAACCAUUAUACCAAGGUUCUAAGAGCUCAAAGUUAUCUUGCUUAGUCAAAUUGCUCCAUAUCAAGAGCCUUGGUCGAUGGAGUAAUGAGUCAUUUACUAUGUUGUUGCAAUUAUUGAAAGAUGAAUUAUUACCUCAAGGAUCUAAUUUGCCACAAUCAUAUUAUGAUGCAAAGAAAGUAAUUCAAGAUCUUGGUCUCUCAUACAAAAAAAUUGAUGCAUGUGUAAAUAAUUGCAUGUUAUAUUGGAAAGAGGAUGAGAGGCUAGAUUUUUGUAAGAUUUGCGGCUAUUCUAGAUGGAAGACUGAUAAAUAUAAUGGGGAAGACAAGGUUAAAACCAAUGGGAAGAGAAUACCAAAAAAAAUUCUGCGUUACUUUCCACUAAAGCCAAGACUUCAAAGAUUGUUUAUGUCCACAAAGACAGCGUCUUUGAUGAGAUGGCAUAAAGAUAAGAGGGUAGAUGAUGGAGUGAUGAGACACCCUGCUGAUUCAAUGGCAUGGAUUUCCUUUGACAAACUACAUCCAAAUUUUGCCUCAGACUCUCGCAAUGUGAGACUAGGCCUUGCUAGUGAUGGAUUUCAACCUUUUGCCAAUUCAAAAAUGCCAUAUAGUGUUUGGCCAGUUUUACUCAUUCCAUACAAUUUGCCACCUUGGAUGUGCAUGAAACAAUCAAAUUUUAUUUUAUCAAUGCUUAUUCCAGGUCCUGAGGGUCCCGGAGAUGCAAUUGAUAUCUAUCUUCAACCUUUAGUAGAAGAACUAAGAGAGUUAUGGGAAACUGGCAUUGAUACAUUUGAUGCAUAUGCACAACAGAAUUUCAAGUUACAUGCAGUUUUACUAUGGACUAUCAAUGAUUUCCCUGCAUAUGCGAACUUAUCAGGUUGGAGUACUAAGGGAAAGUUGGCUUGUCCUUGUUGUAAUAAGGACACCUGUUGGAUGAGGUUGGCUAAUGGAGGCAAGCAAUGUUAUAUGGGUCAUCGACGAUAUCUUCCUCUUAAUCACAAAUGGAGAAAUGAUAAUGAAUCUUUUGAUGGCACAAGGGAGCGAGGGUUACCACCCAAGCCACUUUCAGGAGAUGAUAUACUUGAUCAAGUGAAAAAUCUUGAAGGGGUCAUAUUAACUAAGGCUCCUCAUAUGAAGAAAGCAAUCUCACAUGAUGGUAGGGGGGACAAUUGGAAUAAAAAGAGUAUAUUCUUUGACCUUCCAUAUUGGAGGACCUUAUUGCUACGUCACAACUUAGAUGUCAUGCACAUUGAAAAGAAUAUAUGCGAUAAUAUACUAGGGACAAUCAUGAACAUAAAGGGAAAAACUAAAGAUGGCAUCAAAACUCGCCUUGACUUGCAAGCAUUAAAUAUAAGGCCAGAGUUACACCCAGUACAACAGGGGAAUAAAGUUGUGAUACCUCCAGCAUUGUACAGUUUAUCUACUUCUGAAAAAUACAGGCUUUGCCAAUUCUUGAAGCAGUUAAAAGUUCCAGAUGGAUUUUCAUCCAAUAUUUCUCUUUGUGUAAACAUGAAAGAGAGUAAAAUCUCAGGAUUAAAGAGUCAUGAUUGUCACGUUCUUCUAUUACAUAUACUUCCUCUUGCAAUACGUGGUUUACUUCCUAAAGUAGUAUAUGAACCACUUGUUGAGCUGUCAUUGUUCUUCACUCAUUUAGGAGCAAAGUCAUUAAAGGUAGAUGUAUUGGAGCAAUUAGAAAAGCAAAUUCCUAUAACUCUUUGCAAGCUAGAAAGGAUCUUUCCACCUUUAUUCUUUGACAUUAUGGUGCAUUUGCCUAUGCAUUUGGCUAAUGAAGCUAAAAUUGGUGGACCAGUACAAUAUCGUUGGAUGUACCCAAUAGAACGAGCAUUAUAUUCAUUUAAGUCAUGUAUUCGUAAUAGAGCUUGUGUAGAGGGUUCAAUUGCAGAGGCAUACAUUGCAAAUGAGUGCAUGACUCUUUGCUCAAGGUACUUGCAUGGCAUUGAGACAAAGUUCAAUCGAAUGGAGCGCAACUAUGAUGGUGGCAGUAAUAAAAAUAAAGGAGGCUUAUCAAUUUUCUCCAAAGUAGGACGAGGAUUAGGUGCUAGUAAAACUCGUGAUCUUGAUACACAGGAGUGGGAGCAAGCUCAUAUUUAUGUAUUAAAGAAUUGUGAUGAAGUCCAGCCAUACAUCGAAGAGUAUUCACAAUUGCCAACAACCAAUUUAGUAGGUAUGUCAGAAGGUCAAUGGAAUAAAAAUUUUGUUAGAUGGUUUAAGACGAAAGUUGCGUGGUUGCAUAAAAAUGACUCAAGUCCAAUGAUGGGAGCCCUACUCUCAUUAUCACGCGGUCCUGCUCGAUAUGUGACAUCUUUUUAUGGUUACAUUGUCAAUGGGUAUAGGUUUCAUACUAAAUAUCAUGACCAAGGUUUAAGGACACAAAAUAGUGGAGUUGUUGUAAUUGGAGAUAUUGGUGAUGAAGUUAACAACAUAGAUUACUACGAUGUCUUAACUGAGAUUAUUCAAUUGCAAUAUCUUGGAGGAAGACGUGUGGUGUUAUUUCGUUGUAAUUGGUGGGAUGUUUAUGAUCGAGUGAGGGGGGUUAAGAUUGAUGAAUAUGGGGGGGUUAGUGUUAAUUGUAAACGAACUUUGAAAACAAAUGAACCUUUCAUUUUAGCUAACCAAGCAUCACAAGUCUUUUAUGUUCCAGACAAUAUUCACAAAGGCUGGCAUUGUGUGAUAAAGGCACAUCCUCGAGAUUCUUAUGACAUCCCAUUAGAAGAAGACAUUGACCCCGUUGACUUGAAUCAAUUAGGUGAAGCAUAUCAAGCUGAUGAAUCUGUCAAUCUUGAAUCUGGAGAAACAACUACAGCUGAUGCAAAUGACCAAAUUAGUUGGAAGAGGAUGGAUAUAGAGCCACAAAUAAUUGAUAUAUCUUCAACACAGAAGAAAAGAAAACAUGGAUCAUGA